AUGCCCAAGCCCGGCAUGCCCGCCGCCCCGGACCCGCGCGUGUCCGAGUGCGUCAACCACUACUACUUUGCGGACCAGCAGCCGCGGUGGUACCAGCGCCGGCGCUGCUUCUGGACGGCCGUCGCGGCGGCGGCGUUUGUGGUGGUGGCCGCGGCCGUGGUGCUGGGCGUGGUGCUGAGCCGCGACGGGCAUGUGAGGCAGUCGAGUGCGGCGCCGUUGCCGUCGUCGUCGGCGGCGGCGGCGGAGACGAGUCUGUCGAUACACACGCCGGCCUCGAGCCAGGAUCUGGGCGCGCUUCUGUCCUCGCUCCUCGAGACGCAUAGUGCGCCGUCAAGCUCGGGAUCCAGCACAAUCUCCACGUCUGCCAUCACAUCCACCACAUCCAUCAACACCUCAUCGACCAGCACCUCCACAUCGACAACCUCCACGUCUACCUCCACGUCUACCUCCACGUCUACUUCCACCUCCACACCCACGCCGACGUACCCCCCCUCCGGCACAUCCAAGGUGGCCGCCGCGUUCGCCGGCAACCGCCGCGUCGUCCUCUGGCAGGACGACCAGGGCGGGCUCGUCGUCACCGAGUGGCACGCCGGCGGCCGGUCGCAGUACCGCCUCGCCGACACGCUGGGCGCCUCGCCCCCGCCCCGGCACGGCACGCCCCUCGCCGCGGCGGCCAGCAACGAGGGCGUCGUGCACGUCGUCUACUUUGACGCCCACGGCGCCGUGGCGCACGUCUUCGAGGCCGCGCCGGGCCAGUGGACGGCGGGCUCGUCGGCGGCCGUCACCGCGUCCGCCGGCUCCCCGCUGUCGGCCGCCUGGCACGGCGGGGAGCAGGGCGCCGCGUCGCUGGUCGUCGCGUACGUCACGGCCGAGGGCAGCGUCCGGCUCGCGCUGGCGGGCGACCCCGACGACGGCGACGCCAGGUGGGAGACGUUUGCCGCGGCGCCCCUCGCCCGCGCCGUGACGGGGCAGACGGCGUCGACGUGCCUGGCCGUGGCGGGCGACUGGAGGUCCAACGCGUCGACCAUCUACCUGGCGCUCGAGGACGACGGGGGGCGCCUGGGGUACGAGUGCGUGACGGGGGAGAGGUCGCAGGCCAAGCUGCGGUGCGCGCAGACGGAAAGAGGUGAGGACUCAGGACUCAGGACUCAGGACACUGAGGAGUUUCAAGGACGUGCAUAUGCAGUGCUGACUACCCUAGACACCGCACAUACCGCGCAGUCGCCGCGACAAAUCAGCCUGGUCCGGUUCGACGACGGCUACAUGCUGCUCACGCUGGACGCAGACGGCAUCCUCGAGAGACGCAUCGGGUCGGGAAGCGGACAGGGGCGGAUCCGCGGCGGGUUCCAGGCCAUGGGGGCGACGGAUGAGGGGUACGUGUUUGCGGCGGGCAAGGACAACGUGUACGCAUUCAAGCGCGGCCCGGCGGGCUGGAUCGCGCAGGGGAAGCUGGUAGGGGUUGAGCAUCUAUAA